CCAAUGGGUCAGGAGCAACCACGAGUGGGAGUCGGGGUCCUUCUGCAUCGCGAUGGCAGGAUUCUCGUCGGGAAGAGGCUGGGCUCCACAGGCAGCGGCACAUGGGCCUUGCCUGGGGGGAAGCUGGAGUACCAGGAGUCAUUUGAGGCUUGUGCUGCGCGAGAGUUGGAAGAGGAGACGGGCGUUGUUGCAACGAAGUUCACAUUUGCAUAUGCUGUGAACAGCGUGCUCCGAGAUGGAGGGGGUCACUGGGUGACGAUAUUUAUGGAGGCCGACUGUCCCCAGGACUGCGAGCCUGCAAAUCUGGAGCCAGACAAGUGCCAAGGCUGGGAAUGGGUGCCUUUCAAUGCAAUUCCUCAGCCCAUCUUUCACCCCCUGGCCUGCCUGCUGGACAGCCCUUUCCAG